UUUAACAUUUGAUUGGGCAAAACAAAUCAACCACUCUAAACUUUCCAGACAAAACAUAAGAUUGGCAUCCUAAACACUUCUCCAAAAGGAUAGCGGCUGCUCUUCCUCCUUCCAAACUCCUUACCUAAACCAGAUCUUGGAUCUAUCUAGUCUAGCAAUAAAAAAGAAGAGUGGAAAAAUCCCAGAAUAGCAAGAUGGGGAGAGGGAAGAUUGUGAUACGCAGGAUCGACAAUUCGACAAGUAGGCAAGUUACUUUCUCCAAAAGAAGAAGUGGGCUGCUUAAGAAGGCUAAGGAGCUAGCAGUCCUUUGUGAUGCGGAAGUUGGAGUAAUUGUCUUCUCCAGCACAGGCAAGCUCUAUGAUCAUGCAAACACUAGUAUGAAGUCCAUCAUUGAACGCUACAGCAAACAAAAAGAGGAGUGCCAGCCACUGUUAAAUCCUGCUUCAGAAGUGAAGUUGUGGAAAAGGGAGGCAGCAAGCUUGGGGAAGGAACUGCAGUGCUUGAAAGAAUAUCAUCGGCAAUUGAUGGGAGAAGAACUGUCUGGUUUGAGCAUCAAAGAUCUAGAAAAUCUAGAAAACCAGCUGGAGAAGAGUAUGAAAGGUGUUCGAAUUAAAAAGGAACAAAUUUUAACUGAUGAAAUUAAAGAGAUGAGCCAAAAGGGUAAUCUAAUUUAUCAAGAAAACCUAGAACUGCAUAAGAAGGUUGACCUCAUCGGUCAAGAAAAUGCAGAAUUGCGUAAGGUUUAUGGAGAACGGAAUGUGGAUGAAGCAAACAGAGCUUCCCGGCCACCCUACACGGUAGAAAAUGGAUAUGACUUGCAUGCCCCAAUCCGUCUCCAAUUGAGCCAGCCCCAGCCUCAGCCUCACAACAGUGAAGCACCAGCAAGCUCAAUGAAACUGGGGUUGCAACUCCAAUAUUAAAGCAGUUGACAACUGUGGAUGUUUAUCACUUAUCAGUCAUCAUCCACCACACAGAUCCAAGCUUAACAAUGAGAUCUCAAGCAUCAUGUGAAAGAUGCUCGGCAGCAGGACCAUCCUAUUUGGUAUGAUAUGUUUAAUACUAAGUUUAGAGGUUGGUGUAAAUAAUUGCCAGACCAGCUAUCCAUAUCAAAUAUGCAAUAAUGAAAAGCUCAAUGUGAGCCAGGUGUUAA